AUGGCUUCCUCUGCAACAGCCCCAAAUUCGCUAUCUUUCUUCUCCUCUUCUCUCUUUUUAUCUUUCUCUCACCAAAUCCCUAAAACCUACAUUUCUGUUUCAAAAGACGAGUCUGGUCUUGAGAAGACGAAGAGGAAGAAGAAGAGAAGAAGCAAGAUUCUGUUGAAAAUUCCAGCAGAGGUUCAGGAGAAGUGGGAUUCAAUUACAAACAACGAGAACUCCAAGGAUAGUUUUUUUGGACGACGCUUACAUGAUGAGCAGAGAGCUAUCGGAAGAGACUGGAAAGGAGUCAAGGGUGUGAUGGGAAUGUCGCUGUGGAGAUCAAAGAUGGAACUUCAGUUCUCGGCGAAAUGCACAAACUUUCAGGCAAGGUUCGGGUUUGUGGUCUUACUCGAUGAUGUCUGUAGCGCCGUGGAUGCUCAUACGGGUUCAGACAUAUUUAAGAAAUGUGUGAGGGGAGCAUUAAAAGGAAAGACUAUCUUGUUAGUAACUCGUCAAGUGGACUUCCUUCACAACGUUGAUCGCAUCUUGGUUAUGCGAGAUGGAAUGAUUGUGCAGUCAGGAAGAUACGACGAAUUAGUGAGCUCCGGGUUAGAUUUUGGGGAACUGGUAGCAGCGCACGAGACAUCAAUGGAGCAAGUUGAAGCUGGGUCGGCAUCAGCCACUGCAGCAAAUGUGCCAAUGGCAUCACCAAGAACACAGAGAACUAUUUCAAUAGAGUCUCCGCGUCUACCACCAACACCAAAAUCUCCCAAAAUACAUAGAACUACUUCAAUGGAGUCUCCAAGAAUACUUAGAACUACUUCAAUGGAUUCUCCUUGUUUAGGUGAGCUAAAUGAUGAAAGCAUCAAAUCGUUUCUCGGCUCCAACAUCCCAGAAGAUGGAUCAAGACUGAUCAAAGAAGUCGAUGAUUUGGAUGAUGAAGCUUUUGAUGAUGAUAUUGUUUAUGUUAGGGAUGAUUGUGAAGGUUUGUUAGUGGUAGAUUGAUAGGUAUGUUUGUGGUUUUUGUAAACAAUGAAAUUUGAAAUGGGUUACUAAACAUUUUAAUAUUUAUAUAUUUUGUAUUAAUUUUAA